AUGUCGUCGCAGAACAAAGUCGGUCGAAGUCUAGCCAAGGCCGUCGGUAUUGACGUUGACUACCGUCAUCGCAAUGAACCGCAUGAGUUCUUCCAGUCGGCAGCAGGGUCAGUCAAGUCGGUUGACCAAUACUUCGAAUCGGAGCCAACAGUACAGGAAUGGUUUCAGGAUCAUGGACCUACUCGCGCGGGGACUGCUCGUUACGUUCGGUCUCUGUUUCCCUUUUGGAACUGGAUCUUCCACUAUAACCUGACAUGGCUUCUUGGAGACGUCAUUGCUGGUGUCACGGUUGGCUUCGUCGUUAUCCCUCAGGGAAUGGCUUAUGCCAUUCUCGCCAAACUUCCCCCAGAGUAUGGCCUGUACACCUCUUUCGUCGGGUUUCUGCUGUACUGGACCUUCGCAACGUCCAAGGACAUCACCAUCGGAACCGUAGCCGUCAUGUCCACACUAGUUGGCAACAUUGUCGGGAGGUUGACUAACGAACACCCUGAAUUCGCACCCGAGAUGAUCGCGAGGGCACUGUCCGUGAUCUCGGGGGCGUUGUUGCUCUUCAUCGGCCUGACAAGACUGGGCUGGAUCGUCGAGUUCAUUCCCCUGGUGGGCAUCACCUCAUUCAUGACGGGCGCGGCCAUCAACAUCGCCGCCGGUCAGGUGCCCGCAUUGCUCGGUAUCUCCGGACUGAACACGCGCGAGUCGACGUACAGGGUCAUCAUCAACACGCUCAAGCACCUGCCCAAUGCCAAGAUCGAUGCCGCGAUGGGUCUCACGGCUCUGUUUCUCUUGUACUUCAUUCGCUGGUUCUGCGAAUUCAUGUCCCGGAGGCAGCCGAAUAGAAAGAAGAUGUGGUUCUUCAUCGCAACCCUGCGAAUGGCCUUUGUCAUCUUGCUCUAUAUCCUGAUUAGCUGGCUUGUGAACCGCAAUGCCAACUGGGACACCAAGAAGACGCGAUUCAAGGUGCUUGGCCCCGUGCCCAGCGGGUUCCAGGUCCAUGGCGCGCCCACCAUCACGCCGGAGCUGUUGUCCGCACUUGCCCCUGAUUUACCAGCAACUAUCAUUGUUUUGAUCAUCGAGCACAUUUCCAUCUCCAAAUCCUUUGGACGCAUCAACAACUACGUGAUCAACCCCUCUCAGGAGCUAGUUGCAGUCGGGUUCACCAACAUCCUCGGCCCCUUUUUGGGUGCCUACCCUGCCACGGGCUCUUUCUCACGAACGGCCAUCAAGUCCAAAGCCGGUGUGCGGACUCCUCUUGCGGGCAUAUUCACGGCCAUCAUCGUCCUCCUCGCCCUCUACGCCUUGACGUCUGUUUUCUUUUAUAUCCCCAGCGCCAGUCUGGCUGGGCUCAUCAUCCAUGCCGUGGGCGAUCUGAUCACCGCCCCCCAUGUGGUCUAUCAGUUCUGGCAGGUCAGCCCCGUAGAGGUCAUCGUCUUCUUUGGCGGCGUUCUCAUCACUGUCUUUACCGACAUCGAGACGGGCAUCUACUUCACCGUUUGCGCCUCGGCCGCGUUAUUACUGUUCCGCCUGGCCAAAGCAAAUGGGAGCUUCCUCGGACGGGUGCAUGUUUACCGUGUGAACAAGGACACGUCCCGCAGCGAUCAUUUGUCGGCUGGUGGCGUGGAAAAGGAGCAAAGGGAGUCCUUCAUCCCAUACGACCACUCAGAUGGGUCAAAUCCGAAUGUCAAUGUGCAGACGCCCUACCCAGGAGUAUUCAUAUAUCGCUUCGACGAAGGUUUCAACUACACCAACUCCGGCCGUUUGAUGGACGACCUGACAGCCUAUAUCCAAGCCCAAACUCGACCCACAAUUUUGGAGCGUUAUGAGAAAAUAGGAGACCGCCCCUGGAACAAUCCAGGUCCGCGUCGGGGCGCACCCCCCAACCCCGGAGACUCCCGCCCCUUCCUCCACGCCAUCAUCCUUGACUGCGCCUCAGUCAAUAAUGUCGACGUGACGUCGAUUCAGGCCCUAGUUGACACACGCAACCAGCUCGACACCCACGCGAAGCCGGACCCCGUUGAGUGGCACUUCGCCAACGUCAACAACCGCUGGACGCGCCGCGCCUUUGCCGCCGCCGGGUUCGGGUUCCCAGCCUCGAAGGCUGUGGACCAAUACUACCAGGGCAGGUGGAAGCCCAUCUUCAGCGUGGCGGCGGUAGAUGCGGCAAGUGCUGAGGAGGAGAAGUUUAGGAGGCCAUUGGUCACGCUUGAAGAUGUGGAAACAGGGAAGUUCAACGAUAGGAUUUCGUCGACUGAGCCGCAUGGGGAGGCUAGAGUGCAGGGAAGCGAAUUCCCGAAGAAAGUGGUGGCUGUGCAGGGGAUGAAUAGGCCGUUUUUCCAUAUUGAUGUUGCGGCGGCCGUGGAGAGCGCUGUGGCUAAUGCAGAGGCUAAGGCGGAGGCUAAGGGGGGUUCUAGUCUCGCACAGACGAUUGACAGAAGCUGA